AUGGAGCACGUUCAAGCUAUUGUUGAGCCUUCUAAGAAGUUCGCCAAGGACAGUAUCAGACUUGUAAAGAAAUGCACCAAGCCUGACAGAAAAGGUUUGUUUUAAUGCUUAUUUUUGGUGAUUUUAGUGGGGAUGGCGUCGAAAGUUUUGGCAUUAGAGAGCAGUUCUCUAAAACUUGUUCUGUAGACAAAAGUGGAUGAUACUGCUUUUUUUAUUCAAGUUUUGAGCGAUUUCUGGAUACUACAUCCUUUUUUACUUGCAAUUGGUUCAGUCCUGAUUUUACAUAGAAGAUUCUGUGUUGUUUCGAUUACCGGUUAAACCGUAUGGUAUCAAUUAUUUUAUUUUAUCAGUAAGAUGUAUGAUGUUUCAAUUUUUCCUGUUGAAGCAGAUUUAUAUUUAAGGAAGAUGUAUUCCGCAAAAAAUAGAAGGGUAAUGUCUACAACGUUUGUUAAGUGGGCGUUUCCACCAAAUUUUGUUACCUGAUGUUCCUCGUUUUUUCAGAAUACCAGAAGAUCGCUGUCGCGACUGCAAUUGGAUUCGCAAUUAUGGGAUUCAUCGGCUUCUUCGUUAAACUCAUCCACAUCCCCAUCAACAACAUCAUCGUGGGUGGCAGCUAA